AUGUCCAAAAUCUUCCUUAUUGUUGUCCUUGCAUCGUUUGCUGCUGCUCCUACUGGAGCUGUUACCUACUGCAACACUGUAGAUGUCAAUUUAGUUCGCAAAUGUUACCAGAACUAUAUGGAUAGCUUCUACAUAACCAUGAAUGAAACUCUGCCAGCGUAUUCAUAUUACGCCAACGUCCGUUCGAACUUAAUUAAAAGUAAAGGACUAUACGAACAAAAUCUUGUUUGCCAAUACGUACUUACUCUGUUGAAUUGUCUCGACCCAUCUUUCGAAUGUAUUGGUCAAUACACUUUCCUAGCUAUUGGUGCUUCGAAUAAUACAGAUGCCGUCGAUUAUUGGGCUGAUUUACUAACCAACCAGUACCAAUGCACUGUCGGAAAACCAUUGAAAACCAGCAAUUUUUACUGUUAUGAGAGUUGUCGGGACUCUCGUAAGGAUGACAUCAAAACUUGUCAUGCAAAUUUGGGAAAGAACAUCGCAAAAGGAAUGGACGUUUGCACUGCCUUGGAAGAGAAUGCACUUUGCCAAACGGACAUCCAGAACCAAUGUUGUGGACGAAAUGCUGGCGUAUUAGCAUGUAACAGUGAAGUUUCCGCUGUUCGUGCUUCCAAUAAUGUUUGCUCGGCUAUGGGAAAGAUGUUCUGCCCAGAACCUCAAUAA